AUGUCCCGAAAGCUCAAUUUUCUCCGAGAGGGCUCCGUGACGUCCGUCAAUUCGGCCUCCCAAUUCCUUGCCGACAUUCGGGGAAAAACUAUUCAACCCGACCAAAUCAUGGUAUCCUUCGACGUUGUAUCACUUUUCACAUCCAUCCCACCAGACUUGGCGCGCGACGUGCUACGCAAACGGCUCGAAGAAAAGUACAACGAAACGACAGGGCCGCUAAAGAUCCAGCACCUAAUGCAGCUCUUUGCAUUCUGCCAACGAACCUUUUUCACCUUCGAUGGCAGAACAUACGAACAAAUCAAAGGAACACCCAUGGGUUCCCCAAUAUCCAGCCUAGUUACGGAAUUGGUCCUACAAGAACUGGAAAAGGUUGCUUUCAGCCAUUACAAACCUGCGUUUGGGCGCCGAUACGUGGACGAUACUUUCGUCAUUAUUGAAAAGGACAAGCUAUCGGGUUUCCAAGACCUACUUAACAGCAUAUUCCCCGACAUUCAGUUUACAAGAGAAGACGAGGAGGACGAGAAACUACCCUUCCUGGACGUGCUCGUCACGCGCACACCUGACGGUAAACUCAGCACCACAGUGUACAGAAAGGCGACCAAUACAACCCAGUUCCUCAACUAUCAUAGCAACCACCCAUUGGUGCACAAACGGGGCUGUGUGAGGGCGCUUUUCGACCGGGUAAAAAACGCACUGUAG